UGCACACAAUUUGUACAUACAACUUAACACACACACAAGCAAAUUUACAAAGUUAAAAAAAUUACACAUCACUGUGUCAUUAAAUUAUAGUAAAUAAAUAUAAAUAAAUAUAUGAAUUAACAAUGAAGUUAAUUGUAUUAUUUGCAUUAUUAUGCACUUUAAUUAAUAAUAGUUAUGGUUAUUUUAUAACGGUUGAUGCACAUGCUGAGGAGUGUUUUUUUGACAAGUUGAUGCAAGGCACAAAAAUGGGUUUAACAUUUGAAAUUGCUGAGGGUGGAUUUUUGGAUAUUGAUGUUACAAUAACUGGACCAAGUGGACAAAGUAUUUACAAUGGUGAACGUGAAGAAAAUGGAAAAUAUACAUUUGCAGCAAGUGAAGCUGGUGAAUAUACAUAUUGUUUUAGCAAUAAAAAAAGUACAAUGACACCAAAAGUUGUUAUGUUUAAUGUUGAUAUUGUUGAACCAUCAAAACCUGAUGAGCAUGCACCAGUUGUUGAUGGUGAAAAUCCAGUUAAAUUGGAUGAUAUGAUUAAAGAUCUUAGUUCAGCAAUGUGGGAAGUUAAAAAUGAACAAAAUUAUAUGCAGGUUCGAGAUCGCACACACAGAGAAAUCAAUGAAAAUACAAAUUUUCGUGUUGUUUUGUGGACUGUUUUUGAAUCAGCAGUACUUAUUUGUAUAACACUUGGUCAAGUUUAUUACCUCAAAAGAUUUUUCGAAGUACGAAGAGUUGUAUAAAUUGUAUAAUAUAAUUUUUUUUUUUUCUUUUUUUUUUUCAUUCACUUGAUUAUUAACAAUUAGAAUUAUUUAUCUAAAAAACU